ACACUUCAAAGUUCAGUUUUCUAGUUCUAGUCCCACGAACAGAAGCUACACACUUCCCACAAGGAAAAGCAAAGGAUGUGGGUCAUAACGGUCAUUUCUGUGGCCUGGUUGUUGGUCAGUCCCUCCCUGGCUGGCAUCAAAGACCUCAGCAACUUCAGUGACCCCAAACUAAAGCCCAGAGACUUAGAACCAGGUGAUGUGGAGGCCAUUCCCUUGGAGUUCCACAAAGAGAACACCGUCACCAAUGACCUUGUGUUUGAAGGCUUUGAGGAUGAAGAUUACAUUGAUUUUGAUAAGAUCCUGGCUGCAGGCAGCGACGAUUACACUGAGGGGGAUGCGAUUGACGAGAUAGCCACACCAGCGCCGGACAUUGACAUCUUUGCUGAACCCUCCGAUCCAAAAAUUCGCCGAGCAAGACUCUUGCGGCUCUUCCACAGUCAAUCUCGCCUUCAACGCCUCAACAUCGUGAACGCCCGCUUUGGUUUUAAUCUUUACCGAAGCCUUCGUAACGAAGUAAACCAGACUGACAACAUCCUGCUAGCACCUGCUGGAAUCUCCAUCGCCAUGGGGAUGAUGUCUUUAGGAGCAGGGCCUGAAACUCAUGAUCAGAUCUACAAGGCUUUGGGGUUCGCCGACUUCGUUAACGCCAGCCAACACUACGACAACACGACCGUGCACAAGCUCUUCAGGAAGCUGACCCACAGGCUUUUCAGGAGGAACUUUGGGUACACGCUCCGCUCCGUAAACGACGUCUACGUCAAGAAAAACGUCUCCAUCAAAGACACUUUCCGAGCGGAAACAAAAACGUAUUAUUUUGCUGAGCCGCAGUCGGUCGACUUCAGAGAGCCGGCAUUCCUGAACAAGGCCAACCGCCGCAUUGAAAAACUGACCAAAGGGCUGAUCAGGGAACCACUGAAGAAUGUGGAUCCAGACAUGGUGCUGAUGCUACUCAACUACCUGUACUUCAAAGGAACAUGGGAACAGAAAUUUCCCAAAGAAAUGACUUACUACAGAAACUUCAGAGUUAAUGAAAAGACAAGUGUGCGUGUGCCGAUGAUGACGAACAAGGGGAACUACCUGGCAGCUGCGGACCAUGAACUGGAAUGUGAUGUCCUGCAGCUCCCGUACACAGGAAGCAUCAGUAUGCUCAUCGCCUUGCCAAGGAAAAUCACAGGAAUGAGAACCUUGGAGCAGGAGAUCUCACCAACCGUUGUCAACAAGUGGCUCAGAAACAUGACAAACCGGACUCGCGAGGUCUCGUUACCUCGGUUCAAACUGGAGCGAAACUACGACCUGAUUGAAAAUUUGAAGAAAAUGGGCCUCACUGACAUCUUCAAGCAGAGUGGAGAUUUCAGUAGAAUGACUUCAGAAAAGGUCACCAUGAACUGGCUGAAGCACCAGGGAACCAUCACCGUGAACGAAGAGGGAACAGAAGCUGCUGCUCUGACCCAAGUGGGCUUCAUGCCCCUCUCCUCUCAGAUCCGCUUCGUUGUGGAUCAUCCGUUCCUCUUCCUCAUCUACGAACACCGCACCGACUGCCUCGUCUUCAUAGGCCGGGUCGUGAAUCCCUCACAGAACUGAACUAUUCCUGGCACACUUCACAUCUGGUAAUCAAGUCCUGCAGUGAUUUACAGACACCUUACUGACUCAACGUUCUAUAAAGCUUUGGGUGUUUAAGUGAAUUUAAACUUUUAAAGAACAUUUAAACCGUGUUCUGUUGCUUAAAGCGUUGAGUUCGUCUGUCUGACUCACUGAUUGUUUGUUGUCUGUUAAUGUUUCACUAGAGGAAAAGUGUGCAAAACAUAACAUGAUGUAACAGCUGCUGCUCUACUGCUGUAGUGUGAUGAUGUCAAAGAAAAUGGAUGAAUAAUAAUGUAAUGCGAUAAUAAAACAAUAUACAACAGAAAAAUUUAGAUGAAGUAAAAUGACAUUUGCU